CCACGACUGCAGCGAACUUCGAGCCUGAGGCACAUACCGGCCUGUGAUCGUGGAUGACCGCCUCCGUGUGUGGUCCCGCCUGAUCAACAAUAUCAGCAGCAGUACCUGUAGGUAUCAUCAUCAUCAAUCUCACGAGACUUGGCGUACAUCACCACCGAGGACUACCGACUACGAUCCGCGACCACUCCACGCCGCCUUCCUCCUACCUUCUUCCGUCAGCACAUGGCCAUAGCGCGAUAGCGACGCUGCCAAUUGCUACAUCACCACUUGCGCCCAUCGUCACUACACUGUCUGCGCACACAUACAUUUGCCCAUGGCGCAGGCCGCGCUCGGGUACGAUGAGUUGCCUUCUACCACCUCGGCGACGUCUCUCACAGCAGCAACUAUGCCCGGAAUUGCUCCCAGCGCUGUCGAACUGGAGACCAACCGACAACCAUGGCAGACUCAUCAUGGCAAAGGAUGGAUACAGUGGCACACUUCACAACAAAAUGUCCAAGCACUUGGCCUAGGCAGCACGGGUAAGGGUAUACUGAUAGGUAUGCUGUCUGCCUUUGGCUCUGCUGCUCUGGUGGGACUCAUUAUUGCCAUUGUCUACUUCUUCCGAUAUACAAAUCAAGGACGAAUAUUAUUGGAUCGCAUAUCGAGGCCAGGGGAGUUUGAUGAUGAGCAGACUUUCCUGAGGGAGGAGGAGGACGCGCUGGCGGAGAUGGAUGAUUUGCAGAGGGCCGAGUACUUCAGAGCGAAAGCAUUUGUACAGCACAAUCCGCCCGAGUCCGUACAGACCGACAUCUCGUUGUCGCAAUUCCUGGCGAUACAAGAAAAGGGCGUCUCGGCAUGGGAGUUCGAGCCGGAGUUGGAGAUUGCGAAUUGCUUCGUAGAGGCCAGGACGGAGAUUGAGUUCUUCGACUCGGAGUGUAGCGUGCAGAGCAAUCUUCCUAUUCCGAAACAGAACGAGGUAUACUACUGGGAAGCCAAGCUCUACGAUAAACCCGAGCCGACCAUGGUUAGUAUCGGCCUGACGACGAAGCCAUAUCCUUUGUUCCGCCUGCCCGGGCUGCACAAGUACUCGAUUGCAUAUCUGUCAACGGGCCAGCGGAAAUUCAAUCAGCCAUUCACAUCCACGAACUAUGGACCUGCAUAUGUGCAAGGAGAUGUUGUAGGAGUGGGAUAUCGGCCAAGAACUGGGACAAUAUUCUUCACAAGAAAUGGCAAGAAGCUGGAAGACGUUUGUCACGGCAUGAAGCUUCAUAACUUCUUCCCCACCGUCGGAGCCAAUGGACCUGCCAACAUACACGUCAACUUUGGGCAAAUGGGAUUCGUGUUCAUCGAAGCGAACGUGAAGAAGUGGGGCCUCGCACCCAUGACUGGCAGUCUUGCACCACCACCACCAUAUGGCAGCGAAGCCGGCAGUAUCCUUCUCGAAGGUGGGCGAGAAGGCAUCAGAGAAGGUAUGAGUUGGGCGCCUGGCCACGGAAGGACACACAGUGGCGCGAUACGACUGCAGGGCCGGCCAACUCGGAGUCCGGGACCGGAGCGUUCUCCCACCGACAUUUCUCUCGCACAGCUGAAUAUCAUGGACAUGCAGGAUGAAGUGAAUGAAGAGGAUUAUGAUACUGGAGAAGGAACGAGCGAUAUGGCUGGUAGCCAUAUACAUGUGAAUCCCGGACUGCCCUUGGAACCUGCGGACCAUCCCCCGCCGGAUUAUGAAAGUCCGCACGAAGAGGACGGCGACGAUGAUGAGGAUCGGGACGAUGACUCUGAUAGUACAGCCAGACCGAGAGCUAGCACGACUGCCUCUGAGUAUGAUGAGCAGAGUCGAUUGCUGCAUAACAACAGCCCGCCUAUACCUACUUAUGAGGCGGCCGUGAGGGAUCUCGAUACUGGGAGAGGUCGAAGGUCUGCGAGGAGAAGCUAACGACCCAAACUAUGAGCGAGAGUGCACACGAAGACGACAACGAGAAUGAGCAUGAAGUUUUCCCCUAGGGAGUAUAUGAUUAUCGGCGUUAUCUUGGGGGCCGAUGAUGUCGUAUGACAGGCAAAGUGGGUGGACGGAAAGGAAAGAGUGAGCAUAUGGGCGGAUUGCAUCAGUACAGCCAGCGUAGUAAGCAAUCAAUCAGGAAACAUUUAGGCGAUGCAGGGAAUGAACAAAGUCGGCAAUUGGGCUGAAGAUGGAUACCCCGAGGCAGGCAGGUAUGGAGUUUGGAGAGAGAACGAAAUUUCUGGGGCAUCUCACACCUACCUUGCCUCUACCAUUCACUCCGUCACGCGCUUGUCACUGUACCGGGAUGAAGGUGAUUUUUUGAUGAAGAAUAUGACAUGAAAUACAAUGGCCUUCCUUACUCAGGGGCAGUUCUGAUGACUAUUGUUUUUGGGCCACGGACAGAGCGGGCGACAAUGGCAUUGCAUAUGACAUGCCUUUUCUAAAGCCACUCUCGAGGUCACGGUGAAGAAGAAGAAGAAGAAGAAGAAGAAGAUGCUGAUGUUGGCGAUAGUGGCGGUCUUGCAAUAGGUGGGUGGAGACGCAUCGCCCGUCGCUGUACGCGACUGGC